UGGCUUAUCUCCGGCGGGAGCAGCCCCUCCUGCAUAAAUAGCAGCCGCGGGGAAGCAGCGGGCUCACACGGGACGAGCAGCAGCAGAGCGGAGCCAGGAGAGCGCCGGUUCUGCCCGAAGAUGAGAGUCGUGGUGGUGACCCUCGCCCUGCUCUUCCUGACGGGCACCCAGGCCCGCUACUUCUGGCAGCACGAUGAGCCCCAGGCACCCCUGGACCGCCUCAGGGACCUGGUGGACGUCUACCUGGAGACCGUGAAGGCCAGCGGCAAGGAUGCCAUCGCCCAGUUCGAGGCCUCUGCCGUGGGCAAACAGCUCGACCUGAAGCUGGCCGACAACCUGGACACGCUGGGCGCUGCCGCCGCCAAGCUGCGGGAGGACAUGGCCCCCUACUACAAGGAGGUGCGGGAGAUGUGGCUGAAGGACACCGAGAGCCUGCGCGCCGAGCUGACCAAGGACCUGGAGGAGGUGAAGGAGAAGAUCCGGCCCUUCCUGGACCAGUUCUCCGCCAAGUGGACGGAGGAGCUGGAGCAGUACCGCCAGCGCCUGGCACCCGUGGCCCAGGAGCUGAAGGAGCUCACCAAGCAGAAGGUGGAGCUGAUGCAGCAGAAGCUGACCCCGGUGGCCGAGGAGGCGCGGGACCGCCUGCGCGGGCACGUGGAGGAGCUGCGCAAGAACCUGGCGCCCUACAGCGACGAGCUGAGGCAGAAGCUGAGCCAGAAGCUGGAGGAGAUCCGGGAGAAGGGCAUCCCCCAGGCCGCCGAGUACCAGGCCAAGGUGGUGGAGCAGCUCAGCAACUUGCGCGAGAAGAUGACCCCCCUGGUGCAGGACUUCAAGGAGCGCCUCACCCCCUACGCCGAGAACCUCAAGACCCGCUUCAUCUCCCUCCUGGAUGAACUCCAGAAGACCGUGGCCUGAGCUGGCGUGGCCAGGGACUGACCCCGUCCCCCCGUCCUGCUCCCGCAGUGCCCCCUCUCCGCCCGGCACCCGGGGUGGCCGAGGGGACCGGCUCCGGGGGCCCCGGGCCAGGCCAGCCCUGGGGAGCCCCCCCUGGGGACCAACUCCUCGCACACCCCCUUCCCUCCCCGAACCGGAGUCUGUCUCAGCUUCGCCUCUCUUUUAUCAAAUAAACACGACUUAAGUUAUUGGAGCUCA